GAAGCUCGCCAAUGUAGCAGGCGCCCCAAGCUCAGUCCUCAAGAAGCCAUGGCGAAGUCCAGGGGCCGUCUGUACCUUUGGAUGUGCUUGGCUGCUGCGCUGGCAUCUUUCCUGGUGGGAUUUAUGGUGGGCUGGUUUAUUAAGCCUCUCAAAGAAACAACCACUUCUGUGCCCUAUCAUCAAAGUAUACGGUGGGAACUGCUAUCUGAAAUGAAAGCUGAAAACAUCAAAUCAUUUCUUCGUUCUUUUACAAAGCUUCCUCAUCUGGCAGGAACAGAACAAAAUUUCUUGCUUGCCAAGAAAAUUCAAACCCAGUGGAAGGAAUUUGGACUAGAUUCACCCAAGUUGGUUCAUUAUGAUGUCCUCUUAUCUUACCCCGAUGAGACAAAUGCCAACUAUAUAUCGAUUGUGGAUGGACAUGAAACUGAGAUUUUCAAAACAUCAUACCUCGAACCACCACCAGAUGGCUAUGAGAAUGUUACAAAUAUUGUGCCACCAUAUAAUGCUUUCUCAGCCCAAGGCAUGCCAGAGGGAGAUCUUGUAUAUGUGAACUAUGCUCGCACUGAAGACUUUUUCAAACUAGAAAGAGAGAUGGGCAUCAACUGUACUGGGAAGAUUGUUAUUGCAAGAUAUGGAAAAAUCUUCAGAGGAAAUAAAGUUAAAAAUGCCAUGUUAGCAGGGGCCAUAGGAAUCAUCUUGUACUCAGAUCCAGCUGACUACUUUGCUCCUGAGGUACAGCCAUAUCCCAAAGGAUGGAAUCUUCCUGGAACUGCAGCCCAGAGAGGAAAUGUGUUAAAUUUGAAUGGUGCUGGUGACCCACUCACUCCAGGCUAUCCAGCAAAAGAAUACACUUUCAGACUUGAUGUUGAAGAAGGAGUGGGAAUCCCCCAAAUACCUGUACAUCCCAUUGGAUAUAAUGAUGCAGAAAUAUUAUUACGCUACUUAGGAGGAAUUGCUCUACCAGAUAAGAGUUGGAAGGGAGCCCUUAAUGUGAGUUAUAGUAUCGGACCUGGCUUUACAGGGAGUGAUUCUUUCAGGAAGGUUAGAAUGCAUGUUCAUAACAUCAAUAAAAUUACAAGGAUUUACAAUGUAAUUGGAACUAUCAGAGGAUCUGUGGAACCUGACAGGUAUGUUAUUCUGGGAGGUCACCGGGACUCCUGGGUAUUUGGAGCUAUUGACCCAACCAGUGGGGUUGCUGUUUUGCAAGAAAUUGCCCGGAGUUUUGGAAAACUGAUGAGUAAAGGCUGGAGACCUAGAAGAACUAUCAUUUUUGCCAGCUGGGAUGCAGAAGAAUUUGGACUUCUGGGUUCCACAGAAUGGGCUGAGGAGAAUGUCAAAAUACUCCAGGAGAGAAGCAUUGCUUAUAUCAACUCAGAUUCAUCUAUAGAAGGCAAUUAUACUCUCAGAGUUGACUGUACUCCCCUUCUUUACCAAUUAGUGUAUAAACUGACAAAAGAGAUCCCCAGCCCUGAUGAUGGGUUUGAGGGUAAAUCACUGUAUGAAAGCUGGUUGGAAAAAGACCCUUCACCUGAAAAUAAAAAUUUGCCUAGAAUCAAUAAGCUGGGAUCUGGAAGUGACUUUGAAGCUUAUUUUCAGAGACUUGGAAUUGCUUCAGGCAGAGCCCGUUACACUAAGAAUAAGAAAACAGAUAAGUACAGCAGCUACCCAGUGUACCACACAAUUUAUGAGACAUUUGAAUUGGUAGAGAAAUUUUAUGACCCCACAUUUAAAAAACAACUUUGUGUGGCUCAAUUACGAGGAGCACUGGUAUAUGAGCUUGUGGAUUCUAAAAUCAUUCCUUUCAAUAUUCAAGACUAUGCAGAAGCUUUGAAAAACUAUGCAGCAAGUAUCUAUAAUCUAUCUAAGAAACAUGACCAACAAUUGAAAGACCAUGGAGUAUCAUUUGACUCCUUAUUUUCUGCUGUGAAAAACUUCUCAGAGGCUGCUUCAGAUUUUCAUAAACGACUUACACAAGUUGAUCUUAACAAUCCCAUUGCAGUGAGAAUGAUGAAUGAUCAAUUGAUGCUCCUGGAAAGAGCAUUCAUCGAUCCUCUUGGUUUACCAGGAAAGCUGUUCUAUAGGCACAUCAUAUUUGCUCCAAGUAGCCACAACAAAUAUGCUGGAGAAUCAUUUCCUGGAAUCUAUGAUGCUAUCUUUGAUAUUGAAAAUAAAGCCGACUCUCGUUUGGCCUGGAAAGAAGUAAGGAAACAUAUUUCUAUUGCAGCUUUUACAAUUCAAGCAGCAGCAGGAACUCUGAAAGAAGUAUUAUAGAAGGUCUCAAGUGGCUAGCCAUUAAAGGUGUUGCUAAAAGUCUGAGGAUAAAAUUCACCUUUCUGAUAACUUAUGAAGCCAGGGUGUUCUAAAAUCUUUUCAUGUCAUGUUUUGAUUAUAGGCUUUGGUCUUUUCAUCUGCAAAGCGGUUUUUUUGCUCUUUAAAAGUUAAUAAUUAUAUUAGGAAAGUGUUAAUCUAAUGAAGUAACUCCUGUGUGGCAGAAAGUAAAAGAAAAUUCCCUAAAUUAUAGCAAGGAAUGUGAAUUCUCAGACAUUGUGAGUGUGGGAAUGUAAAAUGGUAAAAUCACUUUUGAAAACAGUUUGACAGUUUCCUAUAAACAUAUACUUUUACUUUAGAACUCCAGAAUUCCACUUCUAGUUAUUCAUUCAAGAGAAGGAAAAACAAUGAUCACAGCAAUACUUGUAUGCAUGUUCAUUGCAACUUAAAAGCGUAAAAACCCCAAAUGUCCAUCCACAGAUGAAUGGAUAAACUGUGGUAUAUCCACAAUAGACUACUUACUACUCAGCAAUAAAAAUGAAGUAACUUUCAAUAAAUGCAAUAUUAUUGGCAGACAUUGUUGAAGAAAAAAAGCCAGACAAACAACUACAUAGAAUAUGCUUCUAUUUAGAUGAAGUGGCAAACUAAUCUGUAGUGUUAAAAAUUAGAUUAGUGAUUGCCUGGGCAAGUGGCAGGUUGGGGAGGAUGGCUGCAAAGAAGUAUGAGGAAACUUUCUCCAAUAGAUGAGAAUUUUCCGUAUCUUGAUCUGAGUGGUAAAUUGUAAACUUAAAAUGUAUAUAUAAUUUAUUGUAUGAAAAUUAAGCCUCAAUAAGUGUGAUUACAAAAAACAAGUCUGGCAAGGAAACCAGAAUCAUAUAUCUUCUCUUGUGAAAUCACCAUGAAAUGUGAAUGGUCAGGAAAAAGCCAGUAAUAUUCAUACAUUUAAUAAUUUCAGCUCUAUUGAAUAAACCUAAGUCUGAUGGGUGAUGAAAAUAGCUACUACAAUCUUCAUAUUCUAACUCCUAUAAAGACUGUAGGUCAGAAUCUGCAAACUUUUAUGCAGAUCCCAGUGACUCAAUUACAUGUUCAACUAUGAUUAAAGCUUCAAUAAACUUGGUUGUUCAUCUACUUUACCAAAAUGAGUUAAGAAUUAAAAAUUAGAAGAGCCUUCAUAGGCAAGCACAAUAACUAAAAUAAGAAAUGACAGCUCAAAGCUUAACUACAAGGAAAAACUACUCAUUACUCUUGCUCCCAGGCCAACAAUACAAUUUAACUUAAAACAGUGGGGGCAUUUAGUUUAGGGGCAUUUUCUAUACAUCUCAGUAUUACUAAAGGGUAUUUCACUGAUCCCCCACAAUAAAGUAAGUUGCAAGUAUAGCAAUGACUCUGUCAUCAAGGUAACUUUUAAAUAUGUUCCAUUCCUUCUGCUUAAAGAGGCAAUAAGGUGUGCUAUUUAUGAAGUAUAAAUAAGUAUACACAAUUAAGAUUUUUGUAAAAGUUUUUCUCAAAUCUAGGGAGUUAACUUCACUACCACGCUACACUACCAAAGUAUAACACUUUAAACUUUUGCCUUGAAACACUGUGUUAUAGAAAAAAUACUGCAUUAAGACCCAUGAAUCAUACUAUCUACUACCCAACUGAGUAGAUCAUUACAUAUCUCUGGGCAUCAGUUCCCUCCAACUCUAUCAUUUCUAAAGGAGACAAAGCACAAAGGUUUAGAAAUCUCUUGGGUCUUCUUCCUACUGGUAGUUUUCCUGAAGACAAAUGCGAGCUGCCAAAACAGGAUAUGUGGUCUGAAAUACGAGUUUGGGGUAAAAUAGUAAUCAUUGCAAUUUAAUUUUUCCUUUAAUUCUUAAUUUUUUUUAUCAUUUUUAAUCAAUAUCUGAUUGUUAGCAACAAAACAAGUGAUUGUGUGGCAUGCACUAUAAUCAAUUCAGGAUAUUGAAUAUAGAAUAUGUGUUAUCACAUUUAUAGGGCAUAUGUUUGAACUUUUUAAAAAAAUUUUUCCCCUUAAGCAUUUGAGAUCAGCUGAAUUAAGCUGCUAAUCAUUAUUCCCCUUUGAUCUCAUUCCUUGGUCCAAUCCUGAGAGAUACUAUUCCUCUUAAGGAUACUUAGGAAAUAAUGACACGGAAAUAUUUUGCUUGUCACAGUAUAUUGCCUGUUUUAAGACCUACUUUAAAAUCAAAUAAGCCAUAAAUUCUUAUUAUAAUGCCAUACUUUUAAUCAUUUAACCUAAAUAUGUUUAAUCAGAGGUUGUCUAAUAUAAAAACUAGUAAGCAAAAAGCAUGUGAAAUGUAUAUACUUUAACCAAGAAAUUCUAAAAAUUGGUUUCUAUAGAGAAAACUGGACAGAAUGACAAUGUGUGUGACACAAGGGUGUUUACCACAGCAUUUUUUUAUCAUAGUAAAAAAUAGUAAAAAAAAAAAAACCACAAGCUAAAUAUCAUUGGAGAAUUGAUAUUAUAAUAUAAAAAUGAUCAUAAAAUGAUUAUAUGUACAAAAAUUUUUCACUUACAUAGUAAGUUGUCCAUGACUUACUGGUUAAAAAAAGUGAUGAAACUAAAUAUAUGAAUAUCAAACAAAAUACCAACAGUGCUUGCAUUUCGGUGGUAGACUUUUAUGUGACUUGUACUCUGUACUGAAUUGCUAAAAUUUUUUACAUCAGAGUAUAUUCCCUUUUAUAAGGGAUAAAAUAAUAUAAUAAAAACUACCCUUUUCAUUUUGAACAGACAAAAGUACAGAGUUCUGGGAUACAAUACAGUUCACAAAUAGUAAUCCUAUUUUGUACCCUUGAAAUUUAUUAGUUUAUUCUGAGGAUACAAAUAACAUUUAUAUAUGCACAUGAGCCAUCUUAAUAUUUCCAUUUAGUUCAGAAUUUCAAAAAUACCAAUCGAUCCUUGAACUUUCAAGUAUAGAAAUGAGUUUAGGGUAAAAUAGUAACCUUUGAAAUAAUUACAAUACUGUAUGAGAUUUGUCUUUUUCUUUAAUUGCUUUUUAACUUCAUGAACUCAUUUGAUUUUUUCUUUUUAAUUUUUAUUCAUCUACUUUUUCCAAUCUCCAAUGUGAUUAAAUUCAGAAGAACAGUAUCUUUCAAGUAAAUGAUGCAAAACUUCCUUUCACAUCAUCUCACGUCUUUUCCCCCUUUGUAUUAGUAGAUAAUGACACUAUCUAUAGCCAGAAAGAUCUUCCUAAAGGUGAUCAUGCUAUGUGCUAUGAAAAAACCCUUCAAUGGGGACCUCCACUAUCAAAAUGAUGUGGUAGUACUGGCAAUCGCUCCCAGGUGCAGUAACUAGGAAAAAAUGGAUCAAAUGCAAAAUACAUUACAGAUAUGAAAGAGCUGUGGAAGCACUUAAGACUAGAUGUACUAAAAGUCUUUUGAGUCUUUUCUAGAUAGCUGAGACUACCAACUGUUUUCUUUCCUGGGAUCAUUUGCCAAUUCUAGGCAAGGACUAAAGAUCAGGCUUUGUGUGGACUAAAGCACUUUACUGGGGAAAAUCAGCAGGACUUUUACUGACUGCAUGAUCUAUCAUGAUGUACUAGAAUCUAGAGGAGCCCUAAACCCAAUACUGAGUGAGACUAGGGCUUAGGGGCUAGGCAAACAAGUUUUCUAAACAGGCCAAUACCACCUCUCAAUGCCAGGCUUCUUCAUAUCCUAUUCUUUCUCCCUUCCCCUCUCUUGUAUUUAUCUGGCCACUUCCUAUCCUUUUUUUACCCCCUCAGGACUCUGCUAUUUAUCCUUCAUGAAAUCUAUCCAUAAAAUCUACCAAAUAUGCACCACAGAAACUUUCUACAGGCUUAUCUUUGGCAUAAUUUUUAUUUAACAACCUCUUAUUUUCCUUGUUGUAUCCUUUCUUGAAAGCGGAGUCUGUUUAGUUAUCUCCAGCACAUAGGAAGUGACCUGAGUGCUGAAUAAAACAAAAUAAUUAAGCCAUGGAAUCGCUACGUUAAAGAUGCUUACAAACUUUUGUCUUAUUAUCAAUAAAAUCUAUAAAUUUUACGCCUAUCAACUCAGAACAAUUCACUGGGAGAAGAAAAACUAUUAAAAAGCCUAACUUCAAAUGAACUCAAACUUUCCUGCCAAAUCAUAAAUAUGAAAAGUAGAUCAUCCAUGUAUGCUAGAGGAUCUCUCUGGGAGAAGUGUCCUACAAUUUAUAACAUUUUACAAGGAGUUAAAUCCAUUAAAACUUCAAAAACUUUUAGAUUGUCUUUCUCCUGUAAUGUGGUAUCUUCCCUAACUUGCUAAAACUGAGAACCCAGCUAGCUUUACAUAAUUGAAAUGAUUGAAUUUGUUUGCCUAAUACACUAAUAUUUGAUUUUAAUGAAUUCUCUCACUCCCACAAAGUGUCUUAUGUUAGCUGCCUUCAUACCUGGCCUUUUAAUCACCCACAUCUAAGAAUAUCGAGAUGCAAAAAUUGCUCAGAGUCCAGAUGAUGAUAAGGCUAAGGUUAUUUCUAGGCACACGCAUUUAGAACAAACUGCCUGCAAGGGACAAAUUUACCGCCACGGGCCUUUUACUUUGACUCGGUCUUACAGCUGCAGAAUCCAUCCCUAAUUUUUGUCAACUGCCCAUUGGCCUUUUAGAGGUUCUUAGUAAGAAAAUCAAUGGCUCAACUAACUAUUGCGAAAACUGAAAGCACAUUAUCUUCUCAUGGUAAUUCAGUCACUUAAUAUUAGGAAAUAAAGGAAUAAGCACUAAUAAGCAAAUUUAGAUUCUGGGUUUUAUGUGGUGACUUAGAUGUCUUCAGUUUCAUGGUUAAGAGUGUAAUGACUUUGGAAUCAGUUUCUAAUUUUAAAAUUAAAUUUCACCAUUUGCUAUCUAUGUGACCCUGGAGGCAAGUUAUGCACCUUUCCUUUGCCUACAUUUCUCCAUCUGUAAAAUACAGGUUAUACUGUAAAUAAUCAUGGUGAUGUUCUGAAGAGAAAAGCUAUUGUAAGCGCUUAGCAAAGUGUUUGGCACAUUCUAAUUAUGCAACAAAAGCUAUCAUGUCCACAGCUUCACGUUACCUCUUGUAACUAACACUUCCUAAAUUCCUAUGGCUAAAUUACACAUUUCUACUCAAGUGAAUUAAGUCCUGUGAUUAGACACCUACUUUCCCUGAAGGUUUUAAAAUUAUGUUCAGAUUCUGGCUUUCAUUUGUCUUCCCAAUGGCUUUCUGUUCCCUUAAAUUUGUCCUCCAUCUCUGCCCCCAAUUAUUCAGCUCUUUCCUACAGAGGAUUUUAAGUAGCUUAACUGGGGGUAUGGUAGAAAGGGGACUUGAAGGAAUCUUUAAGGCAUCAAAAAUAGUCUAAGUUGGCCUCAAAUAUGAACUGAGUAGUCUGGGCUCAAUCUGUUACUAAAAUUCAACUUGCUUUAGUAGGAAGCCUUCGAAGGUUUUACAUAAAAUUAUAAUGAUCCCAUUUAUUACUAUCAGCCUAAACCAUUUAGAACUUGUGGAUUUUCUUGACACAAUUUCCACAUUUUUCUGUACCUUAAGAAUGUAUCAUGCCUAGUUUUAUCAAUCAUGUUUUAUCACUGAUACUAACAGAAUCAAGGGUCUGUGGUAGAUUUAUUUUGCUUUUGCCCAUCCAGCCUUCCUUGCCCAUUCUGGAAAAAGAAUGUUUUCAUAAGGGGACCCAUUACAGAUGGUUUGGGUGGCACACUGAAUAUUUAGCAGGUGAGCCUAAAUACUCCUUUAUUGGAUUUACUUAUUCCCAUGCUUGUGUACUCCUACUUAAAUCAUAAUCAAAAGCAGGGAUUACCAGUUUUUUGAAUUAAAACAAGAUGUCCUCAAAGUUCAGAGUGCUAUGAAUGUUGCAUCCUCAAAGUUAGCUAGUGAAUUUACAUUACUGCCUAUUAUGACUCUAAAUCCUGACAGCCAGACAAGGCCUAUGCGCCUCAGAUCUUACCAAUAGCCUGGAGUACUUCUUGAGGAUUUGUAAACAUUCCUUGGACUCAGCAGUCCCUUGAGAAACUCAUUUCCUCCAAAACCUGUGUCUAUAUUCUCUAUCUUGUUUAAGCUCUCCCUCCAUUCCCAAACCUAGGAAUUAUCCUAAAUUUUCAUCUAGACCCUAAUUCAAGAUCCUCAGUCUCUCUUCUCUUCAUACUGCUUCUGCUGUAUUUCAUGCCCUCAUCCUAACUGGUCGGUCUCUACACCAACUCUAAUUGUUCCCUUCUAUCAAAGCUAAACUUGUUGCUGUUUUACUGGAUGUUUUAUCUAACACAGAGGUAAGAAUUAUUAUUUACAAGCUACAUAUCACUGUCAAAAUGGCAAUGAAAACUUUUGUGCUUUUUGCAGUAAGGAUUCUGAAACUUCUUUGGAGGCUGUUAAGAAAAACUAGAGACCCUAAGAGUCAUCAAAUCACAAGUGAUAAAUUGGCUAUCAUAUCCAAAACCAUCCAGGCAAAAUUAAUACAUUUUAUAACUUUACUAACACAACAAAAAAAUUGUUCCUGGUUACCAAACACAUUAAGAAUUUUCCAUGCUAUAUGCCCAUGUUAUAUAAAGCCUAUUCACUCAACUGACAGAAGCAGCACAGAAUAGUGGUUAAGAUCAUAGCAUGGAACAACACAGAGGCAGGCUGCAUGAGUUUGAAAUCUUUAUACCACAACUCAUUAGUCUGAACUCUGGGUAAGCUACUUAACCAAUAUCAUAAAGUCAGUUUCCUCAUCUGUAAUAUAAGAAUAAAAAAACCCACCUCAUAGCGUGGUAAGGAAGAUUAACAAGUUAAUCAUAGAAAUAAAAUCUGAAUAAAUAUGAAACUGCAAAAUGAAAUAAGCAAAAUGAAGAAAAGGAUCAGGGUGUUUAAAAAUAUUAAUGCACCCAUCUAACCUCUUUACUGAACGAGGGGAAAGUGCCUCAAGUUCAAGGAGGUUUCCCUUUUCCAGACUCAAUCACUAAUCUUACUUUUAUUAGCAAAGUUUUUAAAAAAGAAUUUAAACAUUUAAACAGCAUCUCUGCCUAAUCAAAAAGGAAUGGCAAAUUGAAUUAUUUUCACACAUAAUCUUCAACAUAAAAAUGUUUAAGGCUGGAAGUUGUAUUUAUUUUCAGUGGACAUUAAAGGUGACCCACUAAAGGGAAAAACUAAGAAAAGUCAUUGAGUUUUUAGUGAAAACAUGGUCUUCAGAAAAACUGUUCUUAAAGGUAUUCUUCACAAUGAAGAAUUCUGUUAAAAAGUUAAAAUCAAAGAAUAUGCAGAAGAAAACCUCUGCAAGCCUGGUAUUUUAGAGAUAGUGCCUUAUGUAUAAAGCCAUAGGCAUAUACGUAACUAAAGAAGGCAAGCCAUCCAACAACACCAGAUUGAUUUAAGUUGUAAGAUACUUGGGCAGUAGGGAAGCAGUCAGGGAUAAUUAACAACAACAAAAAAAACCUAUCAAACAAUCAAAACAAAUGAAACAGAAAAACCUAUUAACAAAACCUAAAGACAAGGUGGGCUUGAUAGAUUGCAUUUCAAAACUGAGGCCAUGGAAUUAUGACACUGGUGAAAACAAAGUAAAUAACAAAUAUGAAUGCCAGGUCAAAAUAAUUUGCCAUAAAAGAUGAACAACAACAAAAAACCCUGUUAAUGUUCAAAUAGAUAAUUUAAAAGUACCUGACUGCUAAAAAAAAUAAUUUACAGAGUACAUACGCAUAUAUCCUAAAAGGGACACCAGCCCUCAUAAAUGAGCUUUUAAGAGUUUACUUACUGUGAGUAUACGCAUGACAUAAAUUUUCAGGCUGAGGAAUAACUGAUAAAAAAAAAAUUGGGAGUUUGGAGAGGGGAAAUAACUCAAAGUCCCUUUAAAAUAUUUGCAAUAACUCUAAGUUUCUCUACACUUUGAUGGUUGAAUAAUUUUCUGAAGAAAAUUCUUAAAUCCUUGCAUAAAAUAUAAAUUAAAGUAAAAUCAUUACAGUCCUUUGCCAGUAUAGUUACACCAAGAAGUUACAUCUUCAACCUAUAAACAUUUGUUGAUUCCUAAUCCUAUCUUAAUUGUUUAUAAAUUACUGGCUUAAAUUAUUACCAAAAAAGUAGGACAAGUCUUAAAACCUUGAAGAAUUCCACUAAAAACAGAUAGUAAAAAUAAAAUGUUCUACUUUAGUUAAUAGUAUUAUACAAAGGUUAAUUAAGUUUUAUAAAUGUUCUAUGAUAAUAUAAGAUUUUAACAUUAAUAUAAGACAUAACUGUUGUAUUAUAUUUUUACAACUUUUCUGUAAACCUAAAACUAGGUCAAAGAGGUUAAAAAAAGGCUCAGUUUACUAGGAUCUUACUUCCUUUAUACUAGUAAAUGUGCUAUGAAAGAAAAAUAGCAUUUUAGGUUUCCCAUCUUUAGUUACCAAGUAUAUAUAUAUCUAACUUUGCUUUGCUAUAGUAAUUAUUUUUAAUGCUAAAAAAGACAAAGCAAAUUUCUAGAGAAACAAAUCAAUAAGCACUUUUUAUUAACUUUUUUGACAAACCGAUAGUAAAACAUAUGCUACCUAAUGAUAACUGUGUCCCUUUAUGUAUAAGUCUAAGAGAAAUAUUCGGAUUUUUAUCUGGACAAGAAAUUCAAAGGUUCCUUAAGAAGAUAGGAAAUACCAUGGUCAUUAAUGUAACCAGACAACAUAGAGUGUGUGUGUGUGUGUGUGUGUGUGUAAAUGUUUUGAUCAAUGUAACUAAUCUGAGGUUACAAUAACUCACUGCUUCAAAUAAUAUUUCAAUUACAUGUAAAAGAUUAAGAUACUGUUUAGGGGAAAACAGCCUCAGAAGGAAGUAUGAACAAAAAGGGAUAUUAAUCAUUACCUUUAAUCAAACUAAGUAUCAACCUUUCCCCCAACCCAUAAAGACUUCAUGUCUCUAAAUGGUUCCUAAAUCAUGGAAGAUAACUUUAAAAAGUUUAAAUACAUCUCCAGGUAUCAGAUGCUUAUGUACUCCAUGUGGGUCCAACUUUCACUGCCCAGAGUUUCUUGUCAUGGUAGUGUAACAUCAUGAAAAUCUGGUUGCCAGAUCUUUAUGUUUUUAUUUGUAACAGAGCUAAACCUUUUAACAAUUAUAUUAACUACAACUAAGUUAUUUGCUAAUGGUAGUAGAAUGAUAUAUAUGCUUUAUUAAACGAAAAUAGUACUUCUGCAAAUUUUUCUUUGUGAAUUCCAUAAAUACCAAGGACAAGACUCAAGGGGUUUGGGAAAUAAACCCCUUUUAAUUUUAAAUCUACAUAAGUUUAAUUUAUUCCCAAACUUUCUAAGUUCUUCCAGAGUUCUGGCCUUCAGAAUAUUUCCUAAUUUUUCUUCUUGAGUUCUGCAGUAACUCAAAACCUAUCCAAAUGAUCUAAUUCUGUGUUACCUAUAUUUAAUAUAAAUAAAGUACAAUAUAUAAUCAACACUGUAUCACUAGAAUUGUGAAGCUCUUCAUGACUUUAAAAAAAAAAACUCCAAAACAAUUAAGCUAUUUUAUUUAACAGGUAAUAGUCAUAAAGCAACUCCAUAUAUUUAGUUUUCUGAUAUCCUAAUGUAUUUCCACAAACCUUUUAAGUCUACAAUUUUAUAUAGUUUUCCAUCAGGGAGGCAAGAUAUAUAUAAUUUCUUUUUAUAUUUAACUAAAGGUUUUAAGAGGGCUUAGUCUCUAAAUCAGUAACAAUUAGUCAUAACACCAUACAAACACAUUUAAAUAUUCAGGAAAGAGGUUUUUAAGAUUAUUGCUUAGUCUUAUAAAAUGGUGAAUUUUAACCAAAUUGAUACCUCUGUAAUCUUAUUUAUGUUUCCUAUACUCUUACAUCAUACUGCUUGGCAAGUAAUGUAAGUUUUGACAUAAUGUAAAAAUUCAAGUAGUUGUAAACAAAUUCUGAUUUGUUAAACAAUUCAUAUAUUCCCCUUUACUUACUAUACUACCUCAGAAUUAAUCCUCCUUAAAAAAGUAAUCAUCCCACAUAGAAAAAACUGCAGAGCUUCAUCUCUUCCUUAAAUAUUUUCAAGUUCUGUAAGAACACAAAUCCAUGAAAAAAACUGAUUAAAAUUUGACAUUUCAUCUUGCUUUACUAAUUGUGGAAUAAUACAAAGACAUAAAAAAAAGUUCCUUAAUAUUUCUUUGCUUAACAGAGAAAUUACAAAGAAAUACUGCAAUUAUGGUUAUGGGCUAUUUUCCAGCCUCUUCAAGUAUAGGACACAACUAUGGUUCCUACCAGUAGGGAGAAAUGAAUAAUCAAUCUUACAUAACACAAAAGAAAGAUAAGAGGCACAAAAAGACAAACUGACUUUGGCUUUUAAGAACCUAAUGUUCUCAAAAAAAAAAAAAAAAAAAAAAAAAGAA